AUGCAAGAGUUUUCACAAGUUGCAUAUUUGUCUCCAAGUGUAAAACGUGAUAAACUUGCAAAAAAACUAAUUGACAUGAAUAAAAUAAAAAAAUAUGAGGUAGAAGAACUUUCUAGGAAUAUCUAUGUUGAGGUCGAAUCUGAAACUAUGCCAGGAGUAAUUUACACAACAUGUGUAUAUGGACAACCGACUGAUAUCUGCUGUCAAUGCCUCGACUUUCUUCAAAGGGGAAUUAUAUGCAAGCAUCUUCAUGCUGCAGCCCUUUAUAUUGAAGACCUUCGUAAGCAAGAACAAUAUUCAUAUUUGCCUGAAAUGACCUUUCUAACCUAUCAAGAAUCCCAAAAUAUUCGAUCAAAUAUAUAUGCUAAUGAAUCUGAAAUACCUACAAAAAUCCUUACUUAUAUUGGACAUAUUCUUAGACCUAAUACUCCAAUAGAAGUAUCACAAUCUAAUGUACCUACAUCUGCAUCAACUCUACAAAAAUAUAAUAUAGCCGAUAUUGAUGAUUUAAACGCUGCUGCUAUUUAUCAACAAGAAAUCAAAGAAUUCUUGGAAUCUACUUCAAAAUCACAAGAACAUUUUAACUGUAGCGAUCAAAAUGCUUUACUGUCUCACCUUCAUAAUGUCGUUAAUUUAGAUGCAUUCAAAAAAGCACAAAACUUAGUCAAUAAUAUACAUAAAGAAACAGACCAUCGUAGACUUGUAGUUUCUGAUACUGGUAUUAUUCCACUUGAACGAAAAAAAAAACAGCAACAGAAGCCAUUGUACAAAAGCUAA